UUAAGGAAGCCCACAAUAGCCAUGCGACGCACAGGGGAAGGCGGAGGACAGCCGCCUCCUUAUCUCUUCUCUACGCCACCACGGCCUCGGCGACUUCGAGAAGGAGUGGAAAGGCCCCGCCCCCGCCCCGCAGAUCUAGACACCGACGCUGUCUCGCGACACGAACCUGGUGGGGGCGGCGCAGCCCGCUGUUUGCUCCAGGGGCCGCGGAAUGCGUUCGGCUUGAAGCGAUAUCUCAGAGCUCGUUGAUCAGAACAAAGAGCUGAGAAAGGGCGGAGCGACUCCGCCCACCUCUCCACCGCUACCUUCCACCGUCGCGGGCGUGGGGUCGCGGCUACGAACCUCGCCUUCAUGAAGAUGCUCUAAAAAAGCAUAUAAGCACAACUACAGUGCCUUCGUCUCAAGAAUACUCAGCAAGUCAAAGGUCAACACAUCAGCGAAAACAAUGGUCGUAGAGCUUACAACCUCCCCCUUCACGCCCACCGAGAUAGCCGCCCGCGCUGCCGUAGCUGAGCGCGCCCGCCGCGUAGCUGCCGAGACAGGAGCCCCCGCCCUCGUUGAGCGCGCCAUCGGCGAGGGGCGCCGCCUCCGCGUCGUCUGCAUCGGCGCAGGUUUCAGCGGCAUCGGUGCAGCUAUUUAUCUGCCACAGCACGUCCCCAAUCUCGACCUUCAGCUGUACGAGCGUGCAGAGGACGUCGGCGGUGUCUGGCACCAUAACCGGUACAUGGGUGCAGCAUGUGAUAUCCCUGCGCACACAUACCAAUUCUCGUUCGCAAACAACCCGGGAUGGUCCAAGUUCUACGCUGGGCAGGAGGAGAUCCGGCAAUAUCUCCUCCGCGUGACCGAUCACUACGGUAUCCGACCUAUGAUCAAGCUCCAGCACGAGGUCACUGAGGCCAAGUUCCGUGAGGAUGUCGGUCAAUGGGAAAUCACCGUCAAGAACCUCGCAACUGGCGAGACCUCCGUCGAUACAGCCGAUUUUGUCCUCUACGCCACGGGUCUACUCUCACACCCCACUUGGCCCAAGAUUCCUGGCCGCGAGAAGUACAAAGGCAUUCUCCGCCACACUGGCAGCUGGAAGGCCGCACAGGAGGAGGCUGAGGGUAUGGACUGGAGCGACAAGACGGUCGGCGUUAUCGGUGUCGGCUCGUCCGCCAUUCAGGUCGUGCCCGUCAUGGCCAGCAAGUGCAAAACUCUCAUCAACUUUGGCCGCUCCCCUACUUGGAUCACGCCCACAUUCGGAGAGGAGAUGGUCCAGAAGUUGGGCAUGGACAUGAAGACAGCCAACCAUGUGUUUACGCCCGAGGAGAAGGCAAAGUUUGGCGCCGAUCCGCAGGCAUACCGCCAGUUCCGCCUUACAAUCGAGCGCGACCUGGGCUCGUUCCACUACGUCACCCAUCGUAAUUCGCAGGAGCAGGACUACAUGUAUAACGCGGCGCGCGAGGGCAUGGAGAAAAAGCUGGCGUCGCGUCCCGAAGUCGCGAAGUCUCUCAUUCCGAACUUCACUGUCGCGUGCAAGCGUCUUACUCCUGGCCCCGGCUACCUUGAAGCCUUGACCGAGGAGCACGUGAGCCUCGAAACCAGCGAUCUCGAAUGCUUUACGCCCGAGGGCCUUCGCACUAAGAGCGGUAAGGAGUACAAGCUGGAUGCGAUCAUCUGCGCAACGGGGUUCGACGUGUCGAGCGUACCAAAGUUCCCUAUUGUGGGCCUUGGCGGCACCAAUCUCCAGGACGAGUGGCGGAAACAGGUCGAGACUUACCUCGCCGUCUCCGUUCCCAAGAUGCCGAACUUCUUCAGCGUGCUCGGCGCACAAGCUGUCGUGGGCUCGGGUAACCUCCUGAUCAUGAUCGAGGCGCAGCUCCGCUAUAUUGGCCAGGCGCUCAGAAAGGUCCAGGCCGAGGGAUACAAGUACAUGGUUGUCAAGGACCAGUGUGCCAAGGACUUCGCCAAAUAUACCGACGACUACUUUGCGCGAACCGUGUUCACAACAGACUGUCCAUCGUGGUACAAGGGUGUCAACGACGGGCACAUUCGUACGCUGUGGCCCGGCUCCAGCCAGCACUGUGUCUGGUCUCUCCGCGACCCCCGCUGGGAGGAUUACGAGUUCGAGCGCGAGCCAGAGUACAAGCACACCAUGGCCUGGCUUGGCGACGGACACAUUCCGGCCGAGGCUGACCCCGCGUUCUACUACGACGAGCUUCGCGCUGGCUUCCGGGACCAGGCCUUCUUCCCAGUUGAGGCGUAG